AUGAUAUCGACUGAUCCUGAAGACGAGAGUAUGUUAACGGAUUCAGGUAUGUCUAAUGAAUUCUGGUCUAUGGAAUUUGAUGGGAGUUGUUCAUCUUUUGGAUCGGGGGUCAGGGUCGUAUUGAUACCUCCCCAUGGAAAGGUCAUUCCUUCCUAUUUCAAAUUGGAAUUCCAAAACAUGAAUAAUACGGCCGAAUAUGAGGACUUGUUAUUAGGUCUAGCUGAAGCGAGGAGAUUGCAAAUCAAAAAUUUGAAGGUGAGAGGUGAUGCUGAACUUAUUGUUAAACAAGUGAGGGGCCUAUUUGCUGUAAAAAAUGAGAGAUUGAGACAUUAUAGGAAUCGUGUUUGGGAUGAGAUCGAAGCCUUUGAUGUUUUUUCGAUUGAGGCCGUUCCUAGGGAGUUUAAAUCAAAGGAUGAUUCUUUGGUAGUAUCUACAGCCUUGUUGGUACCACACCCAGAUUUCACAACUGAUACUUAUAGGGUUGAACUAAUUUAUAGACCUAGUGUGCCUAAUAAUUCUGAAUCCUAA